GGGAACGUGUUUAUGGUCUCACAUACUUCUUCCGGAGGUGGGGGGCUAUUCAGAGAGUCCAAAAGGCACCAAAGAAGACACGCGUGAGUUGGACUGACAGUUGUGGGGGAGCAGGCAGUUGUGUUCCAUACCAGCAGAGGACACCCAGCGUGAUUGGACAUAUCACAGAUUAUUUCACCGGGCUUCCUGACAUUGGGGAGUAAACAGUACCAUGGAUGUACUCGCCUUAGAGGCCAAGAGUGUAAAUGGAUCAGAGCCCGAGAAGAAGUCUUCAUCGCGGCCAAAACCGAAACCUCCCAAAAAGGCCAAAAGGAUUGUUUACUUCGAGGUGGAGAUCGUGGACUUAAAGACUAAAGAGAAACUGCUGCUGCUGGAUAAGGUGGAGCCAACGGCCACCGUUUUGGAUAUCAAAGCUUUAUUUCACAAAUCAUAUCCAAAGUGGUAUCCAGCCAGACAGUCCCUGCGUUUGGAUCCAAAGUCAAAGUGUCUCAGGGAUGAAGAAAUUCUGCAGACACUUCCUGUGGGAACCACAGCCAGCUUUUACUUCAGGGAUCUAGGACCCCAGCUCACAUGGGGGACGGUGUUCCUGACAGAGUGUGUAGGCCCACUGGUCAUCUACUUAAUGUUCUACUUCCACCUUCCCUUCAUCUACUCUCCCAAAUAUGACUUCACCAGCAGCAAGCACUGGGUCGUACACUUGGCCUGCAUAUGUCACUCCUUUCACUACAUCAAGAGGAUCCUGGAGACAAUGUUUGUCCAUCGCAUCUCCCAUGGGACCAUGCCUCUCAAAAACAUAUUUAAGAACUGUGGCUAUUACUGGUGCUCCGCAGCUUGGAUGGCCUACUACAUUAACCACCCUCUCUAUACCACACCCUAUUACGGGCAGAUGCAGGUGAAUACAGGACUUUACGUUUCCUUGUUCUGUCAAAUUGGGAAUUUUUCCAUCCAUGUUGCUCUCCGUAACCUCAAACCACCAGGUUCUAAAGUGAAGAAGAUUCCUUACCCUACAAAGAAUCCCUUCACAUGGAUCUUCUGGCUGGUGUCUUGUCCGAACUACACGUACGAGGUGGGCUCCUGGAUCGGCUUCACAGUGAUGACGCAGUGCGUGCCCGUGGCUUUCUUCACCCUUGUGGCCUUCAUCCAGAUGACUGUGUGGGCCAGAGGAAAACACUGCAGCUACGUAAAGGAGUUCAGAGAUUAUCCGACCCUGCGCUCCUCCAUACUGCCCUUCAUCCUGUAGAGCCUGGCGGAGAACGCAACGUGUGACACCUUCAUUCAUCCCCUCACUGAUCGGGUCUUUCCACACUGGAUGUUAGAAAGUGUGUGCUGCAGUCAACAGCAUGGAUGGAUUUUGGUCGUAUGGACUCCAUGUACCAUGUUGUUACAUAAAACUCCAUAACAAGGAUUGUUGGACUGGUGAAUGCAGGACUGUUGAGAGGCGGAGGAAGCGAUCAGAGUUCAAAUACAGCAAAGUCUUAAUAUAAUGUUGUAUGUGAUCUUGAAAAGCUAGAGGAUAAAAAAACAAAACAAUAUUUUGCUACUUUUGAAAAAUACAUAUGCAACUAUGUAUUUUUGCUUUACUGUUGCAUUGAGAGUGCCGUUUAGUUUUUUUUCUUUUUUUUAAAAUCACAUUAUUUUCGUGGCUUUUGGCAACCUGAUCAGUGGUUUCAACCAAGAGGCUAAUCUGCAUUGUCAAACUAGUGCGCAGCCUGGAGCUGACCACUCUGUGGCCUCGCGCAGGGCUCUCCUGAUCCAAGUGGCAUUCACACUGCAGCCGUGCUCGUGGGCGCUCUGGAUCAGAAAUGAGCUGCAGAUUCCUACCAAGGGGGAGGAAAAAAAUUUACUUUUCCUUUCGUCUGUACAUGGAUCAAAAGUGUAUUUAUAGUAUAGAAAAGUAAAAAAUAAAAAUAGCAUAAUGUACAAAACAAACCAACUCUUACUUACACAAGAUGAUUAUGGUGUGACAUAUUUAGUAUGUUUUACUAAUCUGAAGCGUUGUGCAGAUGCAAACGCAGACUGACCCUUUGUUAAAAUGUGCUUCCCAGGAUUGGAUAAUGACAAAGGGGCAAAUACACAUGCAAAAUAGUUUAUUCUUUGCUAUUCCAUUUUCACUGAAUGUGCAUUUCACAGAACGCUGCAUCGUCUGAAAGUUUGUUUACAAUAUUUUGAUUAAGACUGAAGAGGGACCUUCACUCCCUCUUAAGGCAACUCUGACCCACUGAAACAAUUGUUUUAGACAAAGUUAUUCAUACGACAAGUUAAAUAAAACAGAAAAUAAGUGACUGAACUGAGA